AUUUAAAACUCGGGUAUGUUAUAUUGUUGUUUGCCUUGUGAAUGGUUUGUAGGUCAUUGUUUAGAGUUAUUGGUAGGGUAGUUCUUGGCUGUCCUCAGAAUUUGGCAUUAGGCCUAGUGCUGUUGUUGAAAUAGAUAUUUAUUGCUGCGUUUGCGUACCUGGGUCCUGUCUGAGUAUAUGGCCCAAACCUCCUUGCGUCAAUGAUUUCAAUUGAGACGGGCAAUUGUUUGCAUUCUUUUGUACAAUGUCCUAUUGGAGAUCUUGUCUGGAAAAUUAAUACGGUUGAUUUUGCGAAGUUGUUUCUUAUGGAAUGUGUCUCGUUUGUGUUGUUCUUAUUUUAUGUGUCCCUAUGUUUCUAAGUUCGAGUAGUUUACUUUUCAAUAAUGAGUUUUAUAGAUGCUUAAAGCGUAAUUGUCAAUUUUAAGUUGUCUUGCGAAUCCACAUCAAUUUUAGUUUUGGUCAUUGCCGAGUAUGCUAAUUAUCUAAGCCCGGGAGUUGUUAUAAAUAAAAGAAACAUCAUACAAUUUUAAGCCGAAAAACUGAAAUACUAUAAUUGUAAAUAUUUGAUAUCAAUAGAUUAUCAGCGCAUACAUUAGCGCAUUAUCGUUUUUCAUCAAUUGGCAUUGAUCCGGAUGACAAUAGAAUUGUCAAUCGGUCUGGCGUCAGCAGGUGAUUGUCAACACCAGAUGGUUAAAUCUUUGUCAGUUUCAUUCUGUUUGGUUUGACGAUACCUUUAUGAUUAGACCAAACCCGGAUUACAGUCAUGUUCAUUUCUUUCUAGUACCAUUCAUACAUUGAAGAUAUCGUUAUGUUGCAUUUAAUAUCUUUAUGGUAACUGACAAGUCCUCGUUAUGACGUCAUCUAUUCUAUAUAUUUCUGCAGUCAUUGUUUGUUGUUACGCAACACAACGACGAUACGAUGGGUACAAACUUCUUCGCACUAUCCCAAACACAGCCGAUGACGUCAUUUCACUUAGAGUAUCCAGGGACAUGACUGAAGGGGAUGAGGUGGAUUUCUGGAAUAACAUCCAACAAGUAGGUAUGCCGGUUGAUAUAAUGGUGUCACCUGAAAUGAAAUCGGAUUUGGUGGCGCUUCUUGGAAAUUAUGGAUUAAGCGCUGAGAUUGCCGUUGAAGAUAUCCAGGUGCUUAUUGAUGACCAAAUACGCCCAUCACUCAGAUCAAGGGUCGUUAAAAGAGACGCUCCAAGUUCAGAGGGUUUCGAUUAUAACGUAUACCAUUCGCUUGAUGAGAUUACCGACUGGAUUGAUGAAAUCGUAGUGGCACAUGCAAAUAUUGCAACUAAGGUGGAAGUUGGAAGCUCUCAUGAAGGACGAGUAAUCUCGGCGUUGAAGAUUGGACGUGGCUCUCCUACUGGCGAUAGCAAACCUGCCGUCUGGCUUCAGGGAGGCAUCCACGCACGUGAGUGGAUCUCGCCGGCAACUUUACUUUUCAUAACCAAUGAAUUGGUUUCUAAAUAUGGAUCACAGAAUGAAAUCACCACUUUAUUAGACGGAUUGAAUAUUUACAUCAUUCCUGUAUUCAACGUUGACGGUUAUGAAUUCACUUGGACAGGCGUAAGUAUUGUAUUUCUUGAGUGUCUCCUGCCGUAUCUAGGAGUCUUGAAAUGCGGGAGCUGAUGGGGGCGCGAAGUU